AACCAUUUUUAAUAAAAAAAAAUAAAGAAACUAAUCAAACAAAAUGGCCGAUGUUCUAUAAAAAUUGUUUUUAUGAGAAUAUUGAGAAUUUUAUGGAAAAACAUACUAAAAUAUCGUUCACAAAAAAUGUCUAAAAGAGAUCAAGGUGACCGAAAUGAAAGAAAGUUGGAUCCAAGUGAUUAUGAAAACUUGAUAUCUCAGCACAAUUUGUAUGAAUCGUCUCGAUCAAAGAAUCAAGAAUUGCCCAGUUUUCCAGGGUUUUCCAAUGCUGAAACGCAAACAAAAACCAGCGAUAUAAAAGAACAAGCAGUGCACUCUGGUCUGGGAGCAUGGCAUUACAACCCAUGGUGGAUGCUUGCCAGCACUUCGCGCAACUUGCCUUCGCAGGAUGAUUAUUCAGAGCACAGUGAUCAGACCAAAGUGAAACAGGAGCCAGCUGGAGCCGGCACUCCUGAUAGAGACCCGUUACAAACAGAUUUGGAACAGUUUCAAGCUGAAACAGUAACACCUCCAGUUGGAUUAGAUUCCUUUUGUGAUGAUUGCUCAGACCCAUUCUGUGACUCGAGUGCAGCAAUUUGUCGCAAACUUUUCCACUGCCCACAUUGCAGAAAGAGUUAUCCCACAAUUUUAGAGUUUAAUACACACUUGACAGGAGUGCAUCCGGCACAAAAGCCCUUCAGAUGCCAGAUUUGUCUGGAACCAUUUCAUAAGAAAUCACAUCUACGGAGACAUUUGGAUGCUAAUCAUACACGUAAAGAUGUCAACAAGUGUUCUGUAUGCUCCAAGUAUAUAAAAGAUAAAAGCAAUUUACGCAAACACAUGCAAGUGCACACAGGGCGUGUACCACAGAAGCAAUUCAAAUGUGAUUUGUGCAAUAAUAAACGCUACAUGUCAUUGGACAGACUUAACAAUCACAAGGUGGUAUGCACUGGAGAAAAGGUAUUGAAAUACUGUGACAUGUGCACCAAAGUUUUUGAUAACUCAAGAUCGCUUAACAGCCACAAGAAAGUACAUGCUAGGGAAUUGAAGUGUGACAACUGCGGGGAACAGUUGCGUUCAUUGGAGCAAUUCACAAAUCAUAAAAUGAUUUGUCAAGGGACAACGUCAGAAGCCAGUGGCAGCCACAGUCAUGCCGGCCAGGGCCAUAGUGGUGGCCAAGCCAUGGGCCGCUGCUGUACUCAACCAGGAUUAUGUGAACAUGAUAAACCAGCUUACCUUAACAUACCUGGCUAUGCAGCUGGACGAGUGCUUGAUGCAACUCUUUCCUCUUUAAAAUCUGAGCUGAACUGAUGACACAUGCCGUAAAGGCUUACAAAGUAAAUAAUUAAUGCAUAUAAAUUAAACAGUUUCUUUUUUUACAAGAUUACCAAAUAGAUAAAUAAAUGACAGUAAUAAUUUUCACAAUUGAGAAUUUCACAAGACUGAUGCAAAUAUCCCGCCUCACGACUUGCUUUAUUAUUACCAUUUAAAUUUAGGCUUUAGUUAGUAGGAUAAUACAGUUAGAGCAGUGGUUCUUAACCGGUGGUCCGCGGACCACUGGUGGUCCCUGGAGGCAUUCCAAGUGGUCCGCGAAGCUUAGCUUCGCGACGUUGCUAUACGUUAUCUUACUUAAUUUUUAUCGACUUAUAAUUGCGAGCGGGGGUUUUCGCAUGGACGUAUAUCGGGUGUGUCGUACCUAGUCCCCCCCAUUCAUGAAAAUGUGUGUUUGGGCUACAUUUUACGUAAUUUUGGUUUUGAGUCUUAAAAAAUAAUUAAAAUUUCGCGCUCGCUUCGCUGGCGUAUUUAGAAACUGUAUGCAUUUGUCGACAAACAAAAAGUUAAGUACGUUUGGGCAAAAUUUUACGUAAUAUUUGGUUGAAGUCCUAUAAAAAUUUCGCACUCGCUUCGCUCGCGUAUUCAGAAACUACAUGCCCUUAUUUUUGCAUUUGUCAACAAACAAAAAGUUAAGUACGUUUGGGCUACAUUUUACGUAAUAUUUGGUUUAAAUCCGAUAAAAAUUUCGCGCUCGCUUCGCUCGCGCAUUUGGAAACUACAUGGGCAAGUUUUUCUUUAUUUGUAUUUGCUUACCUACACAACUGCCGACAUGCGUUUAGCUUUGAGUAGAACUGACCCAAAAAUUCAGUUUUUUUUUUGAUAAUUAAUAAAGAAAUGAGUACUAAUUUAGGUAAACCGAUGAGGUGGUCCCCGGCAAGACAAACUUUAGUCAAAGUGGUCCCUCAUGUCAAAAAGGUUAAGAACCACUGAGUUAGAGUAAGUAACAUGACUAUUUGAACAUGUUCAUAUAUUUUCAAAAGAGUGAAUAUAUUUGAAUAUGCUGAAAUUGUUAUAUCAACCUUUAAUUUUUAACUAAAAUAAAAUCAUAACUGUUCAAUGAACAGUAGUAAUAUAGAACCAGAUCAUACAUGCAACAAUUAUUGUACGUCUAUCAGAUAUAUUUUUUUAUUAUUUGAUAUCUUUUCUAUAACAAUGCUUUUGACUGAUUUAGAGUAAAGGUGAAUGUGCAGUAUUACAACAUUAAAACAAUUUUUAUUUUUUUCUAUUUUGAUGAUGUUAUAAGAGUAUGUUAUUUUUAUAAUUUUAGUAUGUAACAUUUUAGUUUAUAAAUUUUGUACCUAAGUUUAUGUUGUAAACAGUCAGUGGAGACGUAUGGGGAGCAUGUUAUAUUUUCCAGUGCUCUGUUGUACUUUUUUCUCCAAAGACAUAAUUGUGUAGAUGUGUGUAAAUCGUAAUACAUUAUGUAAACAUGUAUUUGAAAUACUUUGUAAAGACAACUUUUAUACACAUAGCUAUGGGACAGUUGUUUCAUGUUAAACACCUUAGGAUAAGUAAGACUUGGUGAAGUGCAAUGUACCAUUGGCGAAGCCUUGUGCAUGUUAUGGUUAUUGGAAGUAGUUGUUGUGUUCUCCCUAUCCAUAAUAUUUAUUCUUCAAGUGUUAUACACUGAAAAAUUAUUGCUGCAAUUUAUAAAAUGUAUAAGUGUAAUGUUUUAUUAAAUAUUUAAACACAAUAUGUGUACACACACCUUAAUUAUAAGAUUCGAGGCUAUAAUAUCUAAAGCUAAUAAGCCUUUAUUAUGCUAAUAUUUCAUAGGAGUUUAUUACUAUACUCUCAAAUUUUAUCUUGUAUACUUAUUUUUUUAUAUCUUAUUAUUUCCAAUUUUAUUUAUUUUGUUCAUGUUAUGUGGAAGGAAGAGUACUUCUAUUUGGAGGCUUUUUAUUCAUAAUCAGUUGUUGCUAUUUACAAUUGUUUUUAAUACUAAUAGCUUAGUUUAUUUUUAAUAUCUUUAUCGCUUAGUUACGUAGUUUAUAUUUUGAAGAAUUUUAAUAUAAUGUAAGUUCCGAACUGGAAUCUUGCUUUUACAAGCCACCGAAAAAUUUAUUGGGUUUAUUAUACCAAAUUCGUUUUAUAAAUAAAAUAAAAUACUUAUGUUAUAUUAUAGUUAACUGGUGACUUUAAUGGCGUCUUGGUUGAAUAUGAUUAGUUUUAACAUUGGUAUUUUAUAAUUUCGAUUUCUUCAUGAUAGGGCCUUGAUAAGCAAGGGAACAAUUUACGAACACUUGAGCCCCAUUAUAAGAUAAGAGCUUUUCCAGUCACUGAACAACAGUACCUAAAUUGUGAUCAUGUUUAAAAGUAAACAUUUUUUAAAAAUCAGAUUCAACUUUACAUUAUUCUUAAUUCUACUAAGUUAUGUAUGUUGCCUUGCUUGUCGAGAUAUGUGUGGUAAGAGAUGGCCAGUUUCAAAGUUAAAGAGUCGGUGUCAUUUACCAGAAAUUCUAAUUAAUAAUUAUCUUGCACUUAAUAAAUAAUCCAGAUAUAAUAACAAAGACAUACACUGAAAAAAAACAUAAAUCCAUAAUCAGUUAGAUUGAUAUGGUCAUAUGGGUGCGUUCAGUAUCCACUGUAAUAUUUUUAAAUUAACAUAAUAUAUUCUAUAUAAUUCAAAGCUGAUCCAGGGAAAAUUAACUGCACAGCUCAAAAUGUGUAUUAAAAUGCCACAAAGUUAUCAAUCUCCUUUCUAUUGGCACUAAACUGUAAGAAAAUAUAAUGUAAAGAAUAUAUUUUAUUAUGAAAUAUUCAUAAGUUUAGUAUAGAGACCACUUAACAUCGGGUACUGAACUUAAAUAGGAGGUUGGCGGAAAAUGACAAUAAUAAUAUUGUGUAAACCCAUUUCAUUAACAGUAUCUAAUGUUACUCCGCCACUACCUCAAGUUAAUACGAAAAAAGAUCAUUAAAAUUUUGUUUUUCAACCAUUUUUGUUCCCAUCAGCUAAUAUGUACUUAUAAUACAAUUCGUUAUAUUUAUUGAUCAAAUUCUAUGUAUACCGUAGUAAGUAACUGUGUAAACCAACUUUUGUUUAGUUGGGAUAGGUAUUUGGAACAUUGUGACCAGGGCUACUUGUACUGUUUAAAUAUCAUAUUCAGCUUAAGAGCACAAUUUAGCAAUACUUUUUUCUGAUAUUUUACAUAUUAUUUUAUGCCAAAAAAAACUGUUUUGUCCUUACACAGUUUACGAGAUAAUAUGUAUGUACCUUAAGCUUAACUUAAGGUUACUUGAAUAUCAUGGUUGGAUGUUGGCAUCAGAGUUGCGAUGAGUUUAUUCUAUGUAAGAAACUGAACAAAUACAUCCAGUCAAGCUCACUCAAUAAGUUGCCAAAAUUCAAUUCAAAAUAGCCGCCUCAUUGUAAUAACCAUGAUUAUUUUCAUGAAAAGACCACCUGUAAUAAUAUUAAGUUGUAUUACGUCUCAUAAAUAAUAUGUAAUGGGGUCUACACACCAAAGCCGCUGACCCGGCGGCACAGCCCGGCGGCACGACUGCCGCGGCAUGUGGUGUUCUAGUAAUUGUCAAAUACUCUAUGAAAGCCGGCGGCAUGAUUGUACAAAAUACGGCCGGCGGGUUGGGCCGCCGGGCUGUGCCGCCGGCAUCAGCGGCUUUGGUGUGUAGACACCUUUAGCUUUACAUCGUAACACCGCUUAUAACAUGUAGCCUAGACAGUUAGACAAUUUUGAAAAAUCGUAAUUUUUACAGCGCCGACUUAGUGACUGAUUCUGCCAUUUAUUUGGAUUGAUAUUAUACAGAAAAUAUAUACCAUUAGGUACCUAAAUAUUUUGUCUUUGUAGUUAUUUAGCAUGGUGUGUAACUUUUAAUGCACCUAGUUUUAAGAAAAAAUGUGUUCAUAUGAAUUUAGUUAGGUACAUAGAAUAUAGUUCAUCUAUUUGAUUAGUGAAGUAGACUGUAAAACAGUGUAAUGCGAAUUACUAUACGAGCGCAUUAUUUUCCGACAAAGCCUUCCAUUGCGUAUUACCUAAAAUAAGCCAAAUUCAGUUUUUACAGUGAGGUCAUGUUCACAGUUGUAAAAACAAUUGUUUUUCGUUAACAUUGCCGCCUUUUGUUGUACCUACCCUUAAGUAGAACUUAGUUGAACUCAAGUUAAAAAAAUAGCAUACCUACCUACAGUUUUAUAAAUACCUAUCACGAAUAAAUUACAUUUCCUUUCUGUUAAA